AUGGCUCCCAUUCGUGUAGGAAUCAUCGGCCUCUCUACUGCCAAGGAUUUCUCCGGCGGUGGAACGUGGACUGCUGCCACUCACUUACCAGCGUUGCAAAAUCUUCCGGACGACUACGAGAUUGUAGCACUGGCAAACUCUACAGUGGAAUCGGCACAGAGAUCCGCUGCAGCCCAUAACCUCCCUGCAUCUGUCAAAAAAUAUGGCAGCCCUGAGGACAUUGCCAAAAACCCUGAUGUGGACCUAGUGGUUGUGUCGGUUCAGGUCCAAAAGCACUACGAGCUUGUUAAGCCGGCAUUGCUGCAUGGAAAGAAGGCUCUCGUGGAGUGGCCGCUGGCUGCCACACCAGCUGAGAUAGACGAGCUCACGGAUUUGGCAAGGAAGAGUGGUGCUGCCACAGCCGUGGGUGUCCAAGGGCGAGCUGCUCCCAUUGUGGUGAAGCUAAAGGAAAUCAUUUCCAGCGGCCAGAUUGGCGACGUAUUCAGCUCCACUGUCGUUAUUUCUUGGAGCCGAUUCCAGACGGACACUUGGGCGGAUGACGUGAAGUACUACUUGGAUAUGGAAAGCGGUGGAAAUGAAUUCACAAUAACAUUUGGUCAUUUUCUCGAUACAUUUGUUCAAGUAUUGGGGGACAUCCCCGACCCGCAAGCCAUACUCAGGACAAAUUAUAAGACCACGAAGCUCGUCAACUCCAACGGCGAAGUUUUACUCGACAAUUAUCGAAAGACAUCACCAGACCACAUUUUUAUUCAAGGUAUUACCGAAAAAGAAGUGCUCUCGUCCUUUGCCGUUCGCAAAUCCAAAGGUUCAAUAGAGGACAUUGGCAUCCGAUGGAUUAUUUCCGGUUCCAAGGGAGAAGUCUCCGUCACUGGUCCAGAAAUGUGGCAGCUUCUCGAUAAAGAGCUUCAGCUCCAGCUCAAGAUCGGCAGUGAGCCAGUGCAGACGCUGAGCUUUGAUGAUUGGAGAGUGGAGGCGGCGAAGAAGGUCAAUCCGGUUGCUGCAAAUGUUGCGUCCAUGUACGAUGCAUUCGCCAAGGGCGAUGAAUCCCGAUAUGCCACUUUUGAAUCGGCGACAAAGACGCAUAAGCUGUUAGAUAGGAUCCGGAAGGCCGCUGGUGUGUAA